AUGUCAAUUCAAAAAAAAAUGACAAAAAUUACAAGACAAUAAAAUGAAUAAGGAAAAUUUUAAAAUAUGUAUUAUGAAGUUCAAUUACCUUAUUUCAAUCCUUAAUCAAAUUCUGUAUUCUCAACAUCAUUAUUAAAUAAUCCUUCAUUAUUGAAUAUUUAUUAGUAAGCAAUGAACAGUUAUUUGCAAGGAUAUUAUAAACAAGCGAUCUUUUUUGCAGAAAAAUUGCUAUGUUUAAGUUAAGAUUCAACAGCAUUACCAUAUUUAGUAUUUUUGCUUGGAAUGGUAAUAAUAAUUAUAUAAAAUUAGUGCCAUUUUGCUAAUUAGGAAUACUCAGGAGUAUAUAAUCUGUUUUUAAAGCACAAAUUAACAUAAGGAGAUUUUGCAGUAUUAGGAGCUAGAGCUUUAUAUUCAAAUAGGCAAUAUGAAAUGGGAAUUGAAAUUCUUUAAGAAGAGACUAGCUCAUAAAGUGAUUGGGUAAGAGGAUAAUGUUAUGAAGCUUUAGAGAAUAAAUAAUUAGCAGUUUCUAAUUAUUUUGAAUGUUUAUAGAAAACACCUACAAAUGUUAGAGUGUUUUAGCAAUUAGUUGAUUCAUAUUUGAUAUCUUCAGAUGAAAAGGAAAAUUUAGUAUAGCAAAUCCAAUUAACUUCUGAUGAAGCUUGGCUAAAGGAUUACUAUAUAAGCAAAACAAUAAAUUAUGAUAUUGUGAAUUCAAAAAUAGCUGAUCAUUUAUAAGAAGAGAAAAGAAAAAUAGUUUUAUAAUUAUAAAUUAUUGAUAAAGUUGAAACUCAAUAAUUGAAACCUUCACCAGUACGAAGUCCUUAUAUAAGAAAAGAAGAAAUUCCAAUUCAAAAUGAUUUAAUAUAUGUAGCUUUGGAAAAGAAAAACAAUAUAGAUAUAUUGAAUGUUAAGGCAAAAAAAGCAUAUUAUAAUUACGACAUUGCUUCUGCUUAUGAUUGGUCAUUGAAGGCAAUUAAAUAAGAUCCUUUGUAUUUUGAAGUAAUCCCUACUUAUGUAUCAUGUUUAUUGGAAUUGGAAUAGAUAGCUGAACUUUAUUAUUGUGCUCACAAUCUAAUUGAGAAUUAUGCUCAAAAUGCAUUAAGUUGGUUUGUUGUUGGAGUGUAUUAUUUUUCAACAAAAAAGUAUGAAGUAGCAAGAAAACAAUUUUAAAAAUCUAUUUAAUUAGAUUAACAUCUUAUAUACAGCUGGAUUGGUUUAGCACAUUCUUAUGCAAUAUAGGAUGAGUCUGAUUAAGCAAUGUCAAUAUAUAGAUCAAUCACAAGACAAUUUCCUGGAUGCUAUUAAGCACAUGUAUAUAUUGGCAUGGAAUACUUGAGAACAAAUAAUUUGCAAACUGCUAUUUUAUCAUUAUAACAAGCCAAAGAUAUCAAUCCAACAGAUCCAAUGAUUUAAAAUGAAUUAGGAGUUAUAGCUUACAAAUAAAAGAAAUAUAAUGAAGCCAAAGAUGUAAGCAAUAUAAUAUUAUUAUAAUAGUACUUUUUAAAUGCAUUAGUCUUUUGUUAAAAUUCUAAUCAUAAAAUUAGAGAAUCUGCUUUAUAAAACCUUGGACAUACUUUUAGGAAAUAGAAAGAUUACAAAAAUGCCAUUUAGAUAUUUGAAAAAUGUAUAUAAGUAAUAAUAUUUUACUAUAAAUAGUUGAAUUCUGUCUCUCCAUAGAUAUUCUUUGGUUUGGCAUUCUCUUAUCAUUUAAGUGAAUUACCAAAUAGUUUAAGCAAAGCAAUUCAUUAUUAUCAUAAGUCGCUCUCAUUAAAAUCUGAUUAAACUUUUGUUUAGGAUAUGUUAAGCAAAGCAUUAUAGGAAGCUGCUGAUAUGGGAUUAUCAGAAUAUAUAAAUUGA